UCUUCAAAACAGUUCCUGGUCAAACCAGUCCAACCUCAUUCUGCCUCUGCACCAAAUUAACUUUAACCCCUGCUUAACUUUCAAAAUCCCACACUGGGUGCAUUUACUGAGAACUCUGAAUGCAUGACAAGAACAGGACGUAAAAACUGUUUGUGGCACCUAGGUCAAGGUUCUGACACCCAUGAGGAACUGAGAUGCUUCACAGAUUAAAACUGCACAUCCUUGUGCAGGGUCUGACUCUCUUCCUGUUGGGUCCUGCUUGUGACGCCUCUUCUCUGGGGCUGACGGUCCACGUUGUGCCCCUGGACAGUGAUGGAGGGAAAACGGUGCGGGCUCAUUUCACUGCCAUUGUUUCUACUCCUUGUCCGGAUCUGUCUCACGUGUGUGCUGAAGGAGAAGACUGUCUGGUCUACAAAACCCCCUUACCUUUCAUCGGCACCGAACCAUCUGACUGGUGUGUCCGUCAGUGGCAGAAAACUCUCCCCAGUAUCUACAGUGGCUCCAUCAGUCUGGGGGAGGACACAAAGUUUUACGUGGCAAUGAAAGCAGGACCAGAGGUUCGGAAAAACAGUGGCAGACUCAAUCAGCCUGCAUUUGUUGGCCUUCCUCCUCCAUUAAGGGCUCGCGUGAACUGCCCUCACCACUUCAGUUUGUCAGUGAAAGACCUGGAUGGGGACAGGGUGCGAUGCCGCUUUGCCCAGCCUGACAAGGGAGAGUGUGUCGGCUGCACUCGGCACUCCUUCAUAGAGCUGGAUGAGGAUACAUGUAUGCUGACAUUCACUGGAGAAGCAUCAGUGGGACAGUAUUUCAUCAACCUGAUGGCAGAGGACCUGAUUCCUGGGCCCAAAGGAAGCCGUGUCUUUGACACGCCCCUCAGCUCAAUCCCAGUACACCUCUCUCUUACUGUGGAGGAGUCAGUUUCCAGCUGCACUGAUGAACCUGUGGCAUACAGUGAGACGCCUGAUGAGGACACCACACUGUUUGUUUUGCCAUACCACGAGAUUCCAGUCAAUGUCAGCUUUUAUUCUGCACUGGAGAGCGUUCUAGAGAUUGCAGUGGUUGGUCCACCUGAACUCAAGAGAAAGAACUUCAAAUCAAUUGGCCCCUUGUCAGCAUUAAACAUGGCCUGGGUCCGGUCUGACAAUGAACUGCCCCGUCUUCUACCCAUCUGCUUUGCUGCAAACACCAAGAGUUUGCAAUCAGAGCCCAGAUGUGUGUGGCUGUACCAAAGGCAAAUGAGGGCACUACCUGCAGGAACAGAGCUCACAUGUGAGAAGACAGAGAUGAUUCUGGUGCUUCCUGUGGCCCCGCUGAGCAACAUUGACCUGGAUGAAUUGCAGCUCAACAGCCCCAUCUGUCCCAUCACCUACAACAGCACAUACCUGACUGCACACAUCCCCCUGGAUGGCUGUGGCACAAAGACUGUGCAUGCUGAUUCAGAGCUAAUUUACAGCAACACCUUGCAAAGUGUGCGUCCCUUCACGAUGGUGAGCCGCCAGCCCUCCCUUGUCCUCCCUCUGGCCUGCCGGAUUCCCAGCAGCCAGGUAAAGGGACCACAAUACGAGAUCAAAAUGCCCUCAGAGAAGGAAAUCUUUGGUGAGUUUAGCUUCGAGAUGAAGUUUAGCAUACCUGGAGAGGGACCCUUCGCAAAUUUCACAAGGGCUGCCAGGUUACGUUCCCUCGACAGAGCAAGACGAUUUAGACGAGAAGUGGAAUCAUCAAGCAACAGCACCACCAGCUCCACCGACCACAAUGGGUCCAAGAUCAGCCUUUUGGACCUCGUUGUGUCAGCCAACUGCUCUAUCAGUGGAGCAGAGCUGGUCGUGAGCCAGUGUGUUCAGUCUGAGACGGACGACUUUGCAGAGCAGACACCUAUUUUGCACCAUGGGUGUUUGUCUUCCAACAACUCAGCUGAAGUUAUUACAACAAAUCCCAAUGUCAAGAUUUACCGCCUUGAUUUGAGCACUGUGCACAACACAAAUUCAAUGAUGUAUGUCCAGUGCACAGUUAAUCUGUGCAUCACCACUUUAUCUUCCCAUAAGUGUCCUGAAUUGUGUGGUGCAUCCCGUGAGAGCGGACAAAGUAUAGUUGAAAGUGUGUUCACUAAAUCCUACAUUAUCACAUCACCACCUGUUAGCCUUGUGUACACCACACCGGUACCACUUGUUGGCCAAAGUACUGUAGCGGCAACAUCCUCGAUGACAGCAGCUACUGGUCCUUCAUCUUCUAGUACAAAUACCUCGGCCUCUGAAGACAGCUCUUCACAUGCUCCAGAACACACCUCAUCCAUGGCAGCAGGGGUGAUUCUGACAACUAUCAGCAUUUUUCUUCACAACAUCUUUCUACACUGAAGAUGCUGCUGUGAAAUGAUCAGUCUCAAUAUGAAACACUGUGUUUGAAAAUAUAAUCCCACACAUGAAUUGCCAUGUUUCUACUGUACCGAUUAUUAUAAGUUGUUUUCAAGGAAUCUAAAAAAAGCCCACACUGCAUAACUACUGCUUUAUAAAGUGACGCAUUUGUUUGUUUGAUUGUAUGCAGGACUAUGUGAAUAAUAAAUAAAUAAAUACAUAAUGAACUGAUUUGUACCAAA